CGCUGAGCUUUUGCGUGAACUCUGCACUUUAUCCUCAGACAUGAAGGUUAACAUGGCUGAAUCACACAGUUUGACAGCAGCGCAGGGCAGGAAGAAAUGGAAUUUACCACAGAGAGGUGGGACUGAGCCCAGAAAGGCAAAUACUGGCCCUCCUGACAGAGACACUGAGAGAAAACUGGCAGUUCCUUUCAGAGGUCAUAUCCCAGGAGGAAUGCAGCUGGGAAAAAGGAUCAUAGUGAUUGGUACUGUGAAUCCCCAUCCUGAUAGGUUCUACAUUGCCCUGACAUGUGGUUGUGGCACAUCCAGGGAGCCUCCACCUGAUGUGGCUCUGGAGAUGUGUGUUCGGUUCAAGGACAGACAAGUGCUACGAAGAGCCUGCAUGUCUGGAUCCUGGGGAGAUGUUGACAAAGCCGUUCCUUUUUUCCCCUUCAUCAGAGACCAGCCCUUCAAGGUACCAUAG